UUUAUUGGGCAGGAGUCUGCGCUCGUUUGUUUUCCGCCCCCCUCACCGUUUUAUUGUUCCUGCCGGUAGGGAGAGGGGCUAUAAAUACGUGUUAGCGAGCGGUCGUGUGUAAGAAGGCAGAGAAGUUGCAGGUACCCUGGACUCCUCAAGCGUGGCAACGGGUUUUCCUUCACUAUGGAUGUCAGCGGCAUGUUCUUCAACAAACUGCGAACCUUAGCGGUCACUGUGGAAAAAGAGGCCGAGCAGCUGAAGCAGAUUUUUCAGAGUGAUGACACAGAAUUUGAAGAAGAUUCACCAAUGAGGUACUUACACGAGCUGUUCUCUGAAGUCAGAACACUAAAGAGUGAUGCUGAUAAUACUCUUUGUAAGAGUUCUUCGGAAAGCGAUGCUACAUAUUAUUUCUUGAAAGCCACUAAAGUUUUGAUGAAACGAACUUCAACAGAUCUUGGGAAAACAAGAGACUUCUUCCAGAAAUAUGGCUACAAACCCAUUGUUGGCAAGGAUGCAGCAAAACAGGAUGAAGCUGAAAUUAACCCUGAGUGUACAUCUGCUGAAGAAGAGCCCAAAGUCCUUGAUUGUCCUGAACAAUCAUCUGCACAUCAUGCUCUGCUGCAAAUUCCACAGCUUUCAGAUUUUGGCCUUUCAAAAUAUGCUCUCCCAAGUACCGGUACUUCAGGCAUCAUGCAUAAUCAACACACAUAUGCACAGGAGGAGGAACCGAGAGUGGAUUAUUCUGAGCGUUUAUCACCCAAGGCAGAACAGUUUCAUAUCUAUGGCUAUAAAAUGGGUUUGAAUGAUGAUACCACAAGUUUAGUGGUAGAUCAAACUAUCUUCCUACUCAAUACCAAAAACAGUAGGCAAGCUAAUAGUAAACCAAGUGACUCUGCAGCGGAAUUGGAAUCAAACAAGAAGCUAGCUACACCUAAGCAAAAGAACAACUUUUGUGACGACGAUUAUAUGGCUUCACCUGCUGCACCUGAGUUCUGCACACCUGGCUUGAAGAUUCCCAGCAGAAAGGAUGCCAUAUCCCCAGAGAGUAAUAAAUUGGAUGCCUCUAAUCAUAUGACAGAAACAUCUCCAGAUACACAGUCACUGAUAACAAAACCUAAACAAACAUGUGUCCCAAAUAAUACAGUGCUUGGAUACAGCACUGUUCCACCUGUCCCUCAUUCAGACAAGUAUCUGGAGUGUCUUGAACGUUCUUCAGCAGUACUGGAAGAACUGCCUCCUCCUGAAAUACCAGAUUACAGUAGCCUGUUCAGUUCUCCUCCUCCUCCUCCUGAAAUAUCAGAUUACAGUAGCCUGUUCAGUUCUCCUCCUCCUCCUCCUGAAAUAACUGUGAUUCCAAGGCAGAUUUCUCAGAUCUUGUCAAAAUACAAUCCAAAGGUAGAAGCAUACAGAUCACUGGAAAAGGGGACUUGUGAAGGAAUUGCUACACUGUUUGAAAAACAGCCUGGUUUUGGUACUGGGAACAAGGAAAACAGAAAGUAAUCUGGAUGAAGGCUAUGACUUGGCUUUUUAGAGCCUGCUUAUAAUGAAGAUCGUCCAGCAAAUUCCAUAGGAAAAUAUCAGAAUAUUUACUUCUAAACGUUUGGCAACCAGUUUAACUAAAACUAUAUUCUCUUCUUUCAUUUCCCCAGAGACCUCCAAUAAUACAUUAUGAAAACCUGUAUUCCCAUGCUAAUGGAAGUUAGGACUGCAUUUAUUAAAUAUUUGUUUAAAUUCUGCUUGUGAGCUGAUAUGUAAGGAUGGUAGAAGCUAGGGGAAAAUAAUGUAUUAAGAGUGGCCAACUCUGCUGCCCUGCUCUUAAACUAAUUUGAUCUUUGAAUCCACCCUCCCCCUGCCCACAAAUUUUCUGCAUAUUUUUAGGACUGCAGGAGUUGCCAUUGUGGUUUUUUAAAUUUGAAUAUUUUU